GCUCGGAAUACUGGUGGAUUUUUUGUCCAGGUCUACCAUUACCGGGUUCAUGGGAGGAACGGCGAUGAUUAUUAUUUUACAGCAAAUCAAGGGCUUGCUUGGCCUCCAGCAUUUUACCACCAAAACAGAUCUGGUGUCCGUUGUGCACGCCGUCUUUCAAAAUCGACAGGAGUGGAAAUGGCAGAGCGGGAUUUUAGGUUUGGGGUUUAUAGUAAUUUUACUUUGUGCUCGACGUCUGAAAGAAAAAGUACCAAGAUUGUUUUGGGUAAAUGCUAUUUCUCCGCUGGCUGUGGUUGUGAUGGGAGGAGUAAUUGCCUUGUGGGUGACUUGAAGAAUGGACUAAACCCAAUUUCAAUUUCUCAAUUACAAUUCAAAUCUCCAUAUGUUUCAAUUGCUUUGAAAGUUGGUCUGAUUUCUGGCUUGAUAGCUUUAGCGGAGGGAAUCGCAGUCGGCAGGAGCCUGGCAUUAUUUAAAAAUGAGAAGAUAGAUGGAAAUAAGGAGAUGAUUGCAUUUGGAAUUAUGAACAUUAUCGGUUCAUUCACCUCAUGCUAUCUAACAACUGGACCCUUCUCAAAAUCUGCAGUCAAUUUCCAUGCUGGCUGCAAGACUCCAAUGUCCAAUGUGGUUAUGGCUAUAUGUAUGAUGCUGGUACUUCUGUUCCUGACUCCCCUCUUCAAGUACACGCCACUUGUCGCUCUUGCAGCGAUCAUCAUAGUCGCCAUGCUCGGACUCAUCGAACUCCAUGAGAUGAAACAUCUUUUCAAGGUGGAUAAGUUCGAUUUCUGCGUCUGUUUGGCUGCAUUUCUGGGAGUUAUCUUUGUCGAUAUGGAAGUCGGCCUGCUUGCAUCAGUAGGCUUAUCCAUAAUAAGAGCGCUGCUACAUGUUGCCAGACCGUCAACGUGCGUGCUUGGCAAGGUGCCAGGAACCGAGCUGUACCGUGAUUUGGAACAGUACCCUGAAUUAACUACCAUUCCUGGUGUCUUGAUCUUGCAACUGGGUUCACCUAUCUAUUUUGUCAAUGCAAAUUAUUUAAGGGAGAGGAUUACGAGAUACUUGGAGGCUGAAGGGGACAUUAUCAAAGAGAAAGGACAUGAUUUGCAGUACAUUGUAUUUGAUAUGAGUGGAGUGUGUGCCAUUGACAACACAGGCAUAGGGAUGCUAUUUGAAGUCCAUCAAAUGCUUCGCAAGAGGGAGAUCCAGGUGGCACUAAUAAAUCCAAGAUUAAGAGUUGCGGAGAAGUUAGUGGCAGCCAAUUUUCUCGAUGCGGUCGGAAAGGAGUGGGUCUUCCUUUCCAUCAGCGAUGCGGUCUCGGGGUGCAGAUUUACACUAAAUCAAGCCGAUAACCUUAAUGAACAAGAAGUUUAGCUGGUUCAUCUUUUUUAUGUAUCUAUAUUCUUUGUGCAUGAAGUUGAAUCACACACACAUGUAGACACAUGCAUACAUAUCAAUCGACAAAGCGAGAAACAGCGGCAUCCUUUGAAUCUUAACAUCAAGUACCAGUUUGACAGUCCACUAA